AAUGCGUUUAGUUCGCAUUCCAACCGGGGCGCUCACAACCCAAACAAUGAAUACCAACAUGGUGGCAAUGUGCUACACAGUUUGAAAAUGCAGGUCGUGUCAUGCUUUGAAAAAAAUCAUUUUAUACUCGAAUUUGGUGGAAAAUGUCGGACCCUAAACGUGCUACUCUUAUAACAGUGGGUGCUCCAAAAAGUGCAAAGAAUAAUGUGAACAAAACAGUGAGAUUAACUAUAAAUUUGGAUGAAAGCAACGAAAGUAAAUAUCCGGAGCUGAAUUACAAGGAACUAGUCAUUGCAGAAGAGAGGAAGAAGAGAGUAGAGAGAGAAAAUGGUAAGACAGCAGGGCUGGACCCGUUCUCAGAGAACAAUGAUGAUGUGGAACGCAUUGCCAGGAAGUUUGAACAGAAAUAUGGCGGAAAGAGCACAUAUGGCCGCAAGGGCAGGUCGAAACAUGACGAUUUUGCGGACAUCGGCGCGGGCUACGAUGAAAAUGAUUCUUUCAUCGACAACACACAUGGGUACGAUGAGAUGAUCCCUCCGGAGUGCGACACGUUACACGGCGGGUUUUACAUCAACUGCGGAUCUCUGGAGUUCAAGAGUGUGCCUGAGAACCAGUCCGCCAUAUCCGAUGCUGAACCCGGCAGGAGAAAUAAGAGGCGCAUCUCAUCGAGCAGUAGUGAGGAAGAGUCAUCGGAGAGCUCCUCCGAGUCCAGUCAGGAUGUAAAGGAUCCCAAAGCCAUUGCUAACGGUGAUGUGGAUUCACACAAUACUGAACAUCGGAAGAAGAAAAAUAAGAAGAUUGAAAAGAAGAAAGCUAAGAAAGUGCGGCGCACUGACUCUUCAGCAGCUACGUCUGGGAAACAAACUUCCGAUGACAACGCUCAUGGUGAGGGCGAAAGUGCAGACUCACGUACAUCUCAGUCAGACUCUCUGACAUCUAAACCUGCGCCCAGUUCUGAAAACGCCAUCACUUCUGACAGCUCCAGGGACACAGAAAUGAAAGUGGAAGCGAAAUUGCCGGCGCCCGUCGCUGCCGCCUUAGAGUCUCUGGAAAGCUUCGUCAGUCGAACACUCGCGCAGAACCCCGCCACGUCUAGGAAACAGCUCAUGGCACUUUCAGAACAGUUUGUUGUCAGACUAAGUUCGGCGCUGUCGGGUAGUUCUACAAGUGUUAGCAGUGCUUCAUGGUCGCGGGCGGCCGCCGCACUCGGGACUUCUCGUGCGAAGCUGCAGCAUCGACACACACAGCCUACUACAUCAGCGUCAACAACAACAAUUGCUCAACAAACAACAGCGACAGCCAACACUGCCAACUCAACAUCUACAUCAACGGUUGCGUCAUCAACAGUUGCGUCAACAACACAGCGUAACGUCAAACGUAAAGUUGAUGAUGACUUAGAAGAUUUUGAUCCCAACACGCUCACCUUUGAACAGAGGGAGGCUAUGAUUGUUGAGACUUUACUUAGGUUAAAAGCAUUAAUAGAUGAGCGCACGCCGGCUAUGAUAGCUAACUAUAAUGCUGAGUGUGAACGAGUACAAGAAGAGAGGAAGAAGAUCCAGAUAGCGUCGGCAGCAGAAGGCGCCCCGCACGUGGAGAAGCGUCUCCCCAAGCGACGCUUCCCCUGGUGUGCACGCAGCCGGGCACUGCUCGCUAGAGCUGCUAGGUUGGCAGGCGCGGGGGCCCCGGCGGCCCGCCUGCUGCACGCGCGGGUGCUGCCACUAUUCCCGGCAGGCUUUGUCCGCAUGCCCACGCUGCUCAGGCAGGCCGAUCUCAGCAAAGAAAUCAAAGUAUCAGACUUGAAACGUCAACGGCUCGGCUCAGCAUCGCAACCACCAACACAGCGGCCCGAACCUGCACCGCCCAGGAUCGAACCCCAACCACAACGCAGCGAGACUCUCCCUUCAACCACUUUUACCGAACCCAUCACGUUCCCAAGCUCGCUCACCGUCACCACUACCACCAGUAAACCAUCACCAGAUAAAACUGACACUGAAGAACCAAAAGUCAGCAAAAACUCAGUCUUUGGCAAUAUUAUGAACACCUUUUCAAUCAGCAAAGAUCUCAUCGUAGAGAAACCAGAUAAAAAAGACACUGAAAAGAAAGAAGAACUAUACAUUCCUCCGAACAAUAUUGGCAGCAUUACUAUUACACCGGUACCCAAUAACCCUCCUAAACCUGAGAAAAAAUUGAACAAUAAUGUCCAAGCUACAGAUAAACACUCAGGCUUCAUAAGGGUUAAGUCACCAGCAGCACUGAACGAAAUGGUUAAAAAGGACAAGAGUAAGAAAUCAGAGAAGAGUCAAAUCAAAGAAAAGAGAGUGGCUUCCCCGUUACAUGUAGACACCAGUUACCAGCCCAGCAAAAAAGACCCCAGUCCAAAGUUAAAGGAAGAAAUUCCUCAAAAGCAGAUUGAAAGCAUGAGGGUCUCUGAAAACAACAUCCCGAGACCAGCCUUAGUUCCUGUACACCACUCCCCAACAUUUGCAAAACCAGACAAAAGACCACCAGAAGUCAAAAAGAAAAAAGAUGUUGUUAUAAUAUCGGAUGUUGAUCCUUUAAGUGAGCAAGAACCGUUAGCAGUUGACGAUAGUAGCAGUGACGUUGAGUUAGUGGAAGACAAUAGGACUGAAAAAAGUGAUAAAAGUGAGAAACGUGAUAAAAGUGAGACAGUGCCUUCCAACCGUGUGAACUGUGACGCGAACAAAAAACUCAGUAAUAGCAAUUGUAGGAAGGAUAAGGAAGUGCGCAAGAGUGACAGUGAAGAGCCUACUAACGAUGAAAUUGAUACCAUUAUGAGAAAUAUUAGGGAGAUGGAGCAUUCUCAAGAACCUACAAAGUUCAACAGUAAUUCGUAUGGAGGAGUUAUCACAAACGCGAAACACUCGCGGUGCUCGAGCCAGCCCGCCUUCCCCCGCGCCGCCUUCGACGACGCCUCCAACUCCGACAAGCUUACAGAACGCACUUCUUUGAACAAAAUGGAUGGAUGUAAUGCCAUCACAGGAUGAUGCGUCGACGCUGUUGAAAUCACAAGGAUGUUGUAAUAGUUACAUGAAGAUACUAUAUAUCUCAGCCGAACUAGCCACUACCGGUAUCUCAAUUUAUACUGUACACGCGGUUUUUCCAUUCGGUAGGUCGUGUUGCCUUGGUCAUUUAUUUGUCUUACUAGCUUUUUCGUUCAAUUUCACUCGAAAAUACUACUCGUAUCAGGAUAUAAUAUAGCCUAUGUUAAGCAGGGUCUCGAUACUGCUAAUUUCGUUUAAGCUACAUACGAUUGAUGUCCAAUCACGACUCAAUUACGAUUAAAGCGUAUGUGGUCUUCCACUAUUCUUUCUUUUAAAUAAUCGUAAACUAUCCUUUAGACUAAAUGAUAGACCAAUGACAAACCGAUGAAAUGUCAUUGAAAUACGAUUGGUCUUAUUAGUAGCAGAAUGCCCGUUACGGUUAAAACUGCUAUUGAGAUUCAAUUGUCACACAUGAACUUAGCAAAAUCAAGCCCCAGGUAAGUGAUUGUUUUUUGAAAUCAGUACAGUUUUUAGUUUAUUUGUUACAUAUAAAUAUUUGCUCUACUUAGAACUUGAAAAGUACAUGUGGGACAUUGUUGAAAAUACAAGUUCAAUAAUAAGGAAUAACACAAGUUUUGUUAAUUUUUUCUUUAAAAUUCAACAAAACCUGUGAUGCAUUACUUUUUAGCGGACGUCCCAAAAAGGAGGAGGUUUUCAAUUUUGAUCUUUGUAUGUUAUGACAUUUAAGUCCACCAAAAUAUUCUGAAAUUAAACUUUUUCUUGUUAAUAGCUCCGAAACUAGAGUAGUAAACUAAGCAGUAGUGCCAAUAAAUCUAUUCUAAAUAGCAAUUCAAUUUAUUCAGUUACCACAAAAUAUAUAUUAAAUUCUUUUCUGAAAGUAUUAUUUUCGUUAAAUUAUCUCACUGUUAACAAUAUGCACCAAUGUUGUCAAAUUAUCAAGAUACACGAUCUACCGACAUCGAUAAACUCGCGAUAGUUGUCUAAGCACGUUAUUAUGUCGAUAGCAAAUAUAUCGAUAAAAAGAAAAGUCGAUUUUUAUCUGCUUAUCGACAUAAUUGACCCUAGUGAUGCGCUUAUCAAGACUAUUAUUGUCGAUUUUGGCAUUUUUUUUGCUUUUGUCGGGUCCAGGGAAUAUUUUGUUUUAUUUUUUCAAGUUAUUUUGUGUUUUUUUUUAAACCGUAUUGCAUGCUCAUUGUCUUAAUUUUUACCUUAAUACUUACUGCUUGAAUUUUUUAUUUAAAUGUGAUUUUUAUUAAAAUGCAAAAUAGUUCCUUUCAGAUUAUUUAAUCAAUAACUUUAAAUAGUACCUUAAAAAUUGUUUUUUCAAAUUAUCUUUUGCCUUUUCAUUUAACUGUCUUCAUAAUGAUUUUCUUUUUCGUCAUAUCUCUGGACCCACGUGCUAGACAAAAAAGAUGUUUAAUUUUAUUGAUAAAUAAACUAAGUUUGUAUAGAAACACGUAUUUUGUAUAAUAAAGCUAUUAGUUUUACGACAAACACCAACAAGAAUGCUGCUCCACUUUUUCAACUGUCGUUUGCAUGUUGAAAUAAUUUAGAACGAUAGAUAUUUUUUGUGUAAGCAACACUGCGAACGACUUUUGAGUACAUAGUUUCAGUAAAAACUACUUUAUCUUCUAUAUUCAUAAGUUGUAAGAUCUUCUAGGAUUGAGACAAUAUUGUCAAUUGGUAUUACUAUUUCCUAGGCCUAAAAUAUGUGAAAUUACGCCAAAAAGUUAAGAUUUAAAUCAUGAUUGUACUAUUAAUGAUAAUUGUUUUAAUAACUAAAGGCAUUUUAGUAGUUGUCACAUAUAACUGCUAGAUGCGCAAAAUCAAGAGUUGUGGAGCAGUAAGAUAUUUUUACACAAACGCAGAUGAAAAUAAUAUGAUAUUUAUGUAUGUAGUUUUAUUUUGUUUAAAAUAAAACGUUAAAACUUCUUUUGUGAUUGAGUGAGUUGAAAUCCUAAAUUCCAAAUUAUGCCCAAUGUAACGAUUAUGAAUAAAUAUUUAUAAUGAA